AUGUCCGACAUCGACCUCCAAGAAGUCCACGACUUCAUGAUCGAAGUCGCGCGCAAGGUGGGAGAGCGCAUUACGUCCGCGACGCCAUCAACAGGAGCAGCGGGCUCGAAAAAGAACUCCGUCGAUCUCGUCACCGAAACCGAUCAAGCAGUCGAAAAGAUAAUCUCUACUUCUCUCCACGAGAAGUACCCCAACUUCUCCUUUAUGGGAGAAGAGACCUACAAGCCCGGCGACAAGCUCACCGACGCGCCAACAUUCAUUCUCGACCCCAUAGACGGCACAACAAACUUCGUCCAUCGCCACCCCUACGUCGCCAUCUCUCUCGGCCUCGCAAUCAACCAACUCCCCACAAUCGGCAUCGUCUACAACCCCUUCACGCAAACCCUCUACUCCGGCAUCAAAGGCCACGGCUCCUACCUAACCCAGUUCCUCCUCACGCCACAGAACCAAAAGCAGAAACUCCCGCUCUACCCCGCCACCCCCCUCGAAACACUAAACACCUGCCUCGUAGCCGUAGAAUGGGGCUCUGACCGCUCUGGUAACGACUUCGCCGUAAAAUCGAAGACAUUUGCAAAGCUAGCUGAGGCGAAGGAGAGGGGUGGAGGCAUGGUCCAUGGGCUGAGAAGUUUGGGCAGCGCAGCGCUGAAUCUGUGCGCUGUGGCGGCGGGGGAUAUCGAUGUGUAUUGGGAGGCGGGAUGUUGGGCUUGGGACGUUUGCGCGGGUUGGGUCAUUUUGAGUGAGGCGGGGGGUAUUAUGGUUGACGCGAACCCUGGAAACUGGGAGCCGAGAGUGGAUGAGAGAAGGUAUUUGGCGGUAAGGGGCGGCGAGGGGCAGAAGGCGUUGGUCGAGGAGUUCUGGUCGUUGAUCGAGGGACGGUUUGAGGUUGGUGUUUAG